AUGCGACUACGCAGCAGGCAAGAAGAGGCGUGGGCAGUGCAGGGUCUGAGGCUGCAUGCACUCUUGCGACAGCAGCAGCAGCAGGCGGCGGCUUUCGUUGCCACCAUGGCGUCAGGCCACCUCCAGCUAGCCACGCAGCGAUUGCAAGUGGCGCAUCAACAGCUUAAGUACGCCUUACAACGACCUGUGGAAAAACGGCUUCAUGCAGCUUUUACAAAGCUUCGCCUCCUUAGCACGCUUACGGCAGCAGAGCAACAGACGCAGAAGGGACGGGCUGUGAGGCUUUGUUGCACCAUUCAGAGGCUGCAGCACAGGCUGCUUGGUGAAGCUUUCAGCAAAAUGCGGGGGGCAAGGCUGAUGCGUCAACAGCAGCAAGAUGCACUGCAGCAGCUUAUGCAGCAGAUGCGCUUAAGGCGGCUCAGGUGGAGCUGGCAACGGCUGAUGUGGAACAUGUUAGUUCAAAGGCAAGCUUGCGUAGCUGGGAGCCAAAGAGCUCUUUUUCUUGUCUUCAUUUGUAUAAAGGCUCGCAUGCGCAGUGUGCUGCGGCUGUUGCAACGCAACGCCGCAGCAGCAAAUAUGGAGGAGAAACUGAGAAUUUGCAGCAACAUUCAGCAAGUGAACGAGAGGCUUCUGGUUUCCAUGCGCCAAGUGCCUCGGCAGCGUUCCGUCAUGCUUCUUGUGGCUUCACUGCAGCAGUCACUGCAGCAGCGACUCUUGUGGGCUUUCCGUAGCUGGAGGAAGGCGAUUAAGGACGGAAAGCAACGAGUUCGCGCCGUGGUCUUGCUGAUGAUUCUACUGGAGAUGAAGCGGCAAAAGUUACUCCAGGCGGCACUAAGCAGCCUCAAAAAUCACGUCCACGACCAUCGCGAGAUGUGCAGACAGAAGAUGAGAGCGGCGUGGCUACUGGGCCUGCUGCUGAAGGAACAGCAGCUGCAGCGACUGCGCUGUGGGUGGCUCUGUUUACAGCGCCCACCUCCGCAGGACUUACGGCAAACGGCUUUGCGGAGAGUAGCGUUUGUGUUUGAGAGGGUCCAGUUUCGACAGCUCCGUGGCGCAUUUCUAAAAUUCCAGCAGAUGCAGGUAACAGGGCGGACGAUGCGCGCAGCAGCGGCAGCAUCAACAACAGAACGUUCGGCUGUCAGCAGCAGCAACGCCUUCGACGUGGACGCGCCUAGCCGCGUAUCAGCAGUAGCAGCCGCAGCAGCAUCCGCGAGGCUCCAGCAGCUGCUGGACGUGUCUUCGGAUUUGAUUGGCAGUCAGCAGGGACGGUCGUUAAGUGCUGACACGGCUGCCUUUGGCAAACCUUAUAUAUAUUUGCCGCCAGCAUUUGGGCCUGGCAGCGCAACAGCAGCAGCAGCAUCAGCAGCUGCUGCUGCUAGCUCCGUGGUAGCGGAGAACUAUGGGUUUCUUGAGACGCUUCGUCCACAGGAGGGUCAGGAGAAUAGCGAAGAGGGGGAAAGCUUGCUGGUGUCCUCCGCUGAGCCUCAUCCAACGCUGCUUCAUCUCAGCCCGUACAGACCCCGCCUUGGCUACGGGCUUGUGACUGAGGCGUGCCUCCAAUCUGCCGACCCGUAUGAUUUGGGUAUGCAUUUUGGUUCCUCUGGCGAUUUGCCCCCCAGUGUCAGUCGCAGUAGCGCAGAUAGCAGCCCCAAGGCGUUUCCGAAGACGAGACUCGUUCAACCUUCCGUAAUUUUAAGUCACAACGGGUAUCGCAACAGCACCGAUCGAAACAGCAACAAUUUUCCCAUGAGCUCAAAGGUUUCAGACUUAACGGACUACGCUGCGCAGGAGGCAGAACUGGUUGCGCUAGUUCAGGGACUGCAGCAAGCAGAGACCCGAUCAGCAUUUCUCUCUGGCUCUGCAGUAACUGAGCCCCCUGUCACUUCGGUGGCGCAAGGACUGCAACAGCAGCAUCCAGCCUCCACGCGGGUUGCUCCGAUUGAACAACUGUCAUCGACGGCAGUUCUUGAGACACCGCAGCGAGAGUUUCUUUAUGGGUUGUCACGUGAUGCGCCCACAGCGCAGGUGCCCACUUAUAGCUCUUGCCCGACUGCAGUCGAGGAGCCCCUUACCCCGUGCCCCUCUCCGUUCCGUGCCUGCUGCACGACGGCGGUGCCGCCGCAGUGA